AUGAAAGCAAUGGUUAAUGAAUUGGACGACGAUUUUAUACCAUGGCUGGCGCAGUAUCUGGUGAUGAAGCGCGUCAGUAUUGAGCAGAAUUUUCAGCCACUCUACAAUCUUUUUCUUAUGGCUCUUGAGAACAAGAGAUUGGAGGAGUUCGUUAAGCUGGAAACAUUCAGGAACAUAAAAAUCCUUUUGCGAAGCGAUAAACGGCAAGCAGCAUCGAAUUUUGGCGAUCGGCAAUUGUUAAAGAAUCUCGGCUUAUGGCUAGGUGCACUCACAAUCGCCCGCGACCAUCCUAUUGUUACUGCGGAUUUGGAUAUGAAAACACUCCUGAUGGAAGCGUAUUAUAAAGGACAGCAGGAACUGCUCUAUGUCGUUCCAUUUGUUGCAAAGAUUCUCGCCUCGUGUAGUAAAAGUGUGAUUUUCGGUCCAAACUGUGCGUGGAUAAGGGCAAUUUUCAAAAUUUUGGCCGAACUUCACUGUCAGCCGGACUUAAAGCUCAAUUUGAAAUUUGAAAUCGAAGUGCUGUGUAAGGAAUUAGGUGUCGAUCUUACCAAAUUGGCCACGGAAGACGUGCUAAAGGACACGGAACGCCUUAUAAAGCUCCCGCAACAACUUAGCGAUUUGAAAGCGCUGAAACAACCCGAUCUACAGGUGCCAACAUCGCCUGUGCCAGCAUUGCGUCCUGAGGUUCCGGAGGCAGUUGCGCACGGCAUACCACAGUCGUCGUCUGCUGCUGCUGCUGCUGCUGCUGCUGCUGCUGAUGUUGACAAUCUCAUCGGCAGCCUAACGAAUAUUUCGAUGCCAAGUUAG